AUGAGUUAAUCCUAAAAUUCACAAAUAUCUUUGUCUCCCCAGAAAAAGUAAAAUCAUUAUUUUCCAGCUAUUUCUUUAAAAACCACAGAAUCCCCUUAUAAAGGAUCAAUUGUACAUUCUAAUUAUCUGUUUUCACAAAACUUAUAGAAUAAAGUCAAUAACAGAAAGGUGAAAAGGAACAAAGAAUUAUAGCUAGAUAAAGCAUAUACAAUUAGAAAGUACCUUCAAGUUAGUUCUUUGGUGCAGGGAGAUACUUAGAUGUCCUAAUCGAAAAUAUCAAAAAAUGUUUCUAUAACUGAAUAGAAAGAUAUUAGCAUAGAUACAAAGUACUCUUUAUCACCUUUGAAGCAUCUAACAAAAAUUGAAGAGACUUUAAAUAUAAUAAGUAUAAAUAUGAUAAUAUAAUUUAGGACUCUUAGAUGUUAAUCAUACUUAACCAGAUAUUAGUAUGAAAUAGUAAUCUCAGAGUUCUAUCCAUAAUUAAUGUAUUCUUGAAUUGGAUCAAGAACAAGAAGAGGGAGAUCAAAAGAAUUCUGUGAGAGUUCAAGAUUAAUUAAAAAUUUCUCCAAUUUUAAAAAAUAAUUUUUAAGAAAUUUCAGAAUAUACUUUAUCUAAAUCUCAAUCUCCAAAUAAACAUAAUGUAAAUUAUAUAAUUAUAUUUAAGAUUGUCUUGAAAAUAAAUCAAUAAAAUAAAGAAUAUAAAAAGUAUGCAUCCUAAAUGAUACGUAUGAUCAGAAACACAUAGUAGACCUUGAUAAAAGAAUUUGAUUUAGAAUAAAUAAAUUAGGAAAGGGAUUACAAAAUGAAAAAAAUUUAAAGAUAGAAAGAAAGAAAAGAAGCAUUAUAGAUAGCUUAAGAAGGAAUAAAAAAUAGAUAAUUAAAAUCAAUGAUGAUGGCAUUGAAAGGAUCAUAAGAUAAAAUUAUGUCUGAUUGUCCACUAUUUUUAAAUUUGGGAAAGAAACUAAAUUCAUAGAAUAGUUAAACAGCUGUUCAAAGUAGAAAAUCAUCACAUUAGAAAAUUUAUCAGUAAUUACCUUUUGAUAAAUAAUUUGAUGAUAGAAACUUUCGUAAACAUUCAACAAAGUCAGAGAUAUGUAGUUUAGAAACAUCUUUAGAAUUACCACUAUAAAUAUAAAAGCUUAUAUGA